AAAGGUAAAGGUAAAGAGAAGUGAUAAGACUAUACAAAGCCAAACGUUUUCAAUUGUUUCUUCAUCGUUUUCAAUUUUAUUUUGUGUGCCUUGCUUUUUGAUGGAUUUUUCCAUUGCUAUGACAGAAUCAUCGGCUCUUUCUCCAAAUUUGAAGGGGAGUUACGAUGUGUUUUUGAGUUUUAGAGGAGAGGAUACUCGAUCUAACUUCACCGGUCAUCUUGACAUGGCCUUACGGCAAAAGGGUGUCAACGUCUUCAUUGAUGACAAGCUCAACAGGGGAGAGCUAAUCUCUGAAUCCCUUUUUCGAUCUAUAGAGGAAGCUUUGAUUUCUAUUGUUAUAUUCUCUGAAAAUUAUGCAUCUUCUUCUUGGUGUUUGGAUGAAUUGGUGAAAAUAAUCGAAUGUAAGAAAUCCAAGGGCCAAAUAGUUUGGCCAAUUUUCUAUAAGGUGGAUCCAUCGGAUGUACGAAAACAAAUCGGAAGUUUUGGAGAAGCAUUAGCCACACAUCAAGCUAAGUUCGAGAUGAAAAUUCAAAUUUGGAGGGAAGCUUUAACUACUACCGCCAACUUGUCUGGUUGGGAUCUCGGAGCUAGGAAGGAGGCUGAUCUUAUUCAAGACCUUGUUAAAGAAGUAUGGUCGAUAUUAAAUCUUACUUGCACGCCCUUAUAUGUAGCAAAAUAUCCGGUUGGAAUUGAUUCUCAACUAGAAAAUUUAAGGUCAAACUCCCAUUAUUGGACAGAAGAUGAGUUUAGUAAUGGUAUUUACAUGGUGGGGAUAUAUGGGAUUGGAGGCAUGGGUAAGACGACUUUGGCCAAAGCUUUAUACAACAAAACCGUGACUAAGCUAUAAAUAAGCAGCAGUCUCCAUAACCUAACAAUUCNGUGCUGCUUUCUAUCAAAAGUUAAGGAAGUUUCAAAGCAAUUCAAUGGCCUUGUUCAACUACAGGAGCACUUACUCCAUGAGAUAUUAAAGGAAGAUUUAAAGGUUGGCAAUCUUGACAAAGGAAUCAACAUCAUAAAGAAUAGACUGCGUUCAAAGAAAGUUCUUAUAGUUGUUGAUGAUGUGGAUAAGCUUGAGCAGUUAGAAGCAUUGGUGGGUGGACAUGAUUGGUUUGGCGCGGGUAGUAUGAUCAUUGUGACAACAAGAAACAAUCAUUUGAUUUCUACCCAUGAAUUUGAUCAAAAGUAUGGUAUUCAAGGAAUGAAUCACGAUCACGCCCUUGAACUUUUUAGUUGGUAUGCUUUUAAGAAAAGUCAUCCACCAAGUAAUUACUUAGACCUUUCAAAACGUGCUACAACUUAUUGUAAAGGUCUUCCUUUGGCUCUUGGUGUUUUGGGUUCUUUCCUUUGUACUAAAGACGACCAAGCAGAUUGGAGAAGUGUAUUAGAUGAAUAUGAAAACUGUUUGAGCAAAGACAUAAGUGAUAUUCUUCAAAUAAGUUUUGAUGAGCUUGAAGAUAAAGUAAAGGAGAUUUUCCUUGAUAUUUCGUGUUUUCUAGAGGGAGAGGACGUUGACUACGUUAAGAAUACUUUAAGCUCAUAUCAUUUCAAUCCAAAUUUUGGAAUUUUAGUCCUUGAGAAUUUUUCACUUAUUACGAUUGAAAAUAAUGAGGUGCAAAUGCAUGAUUUAAUCAGACAGAUGGGUCAUAAAAUAGUUAAUGGUGAAUCUUCUGACCCUGGAAAAAGGAGUAGAUUGUGGUUGGUAGAAGACAUUUUAAGGGUGUUUGAUAACAAUUCGGGAACUGAUGCAAUUGAAGCCAUAAAGUUGGAGAUGCACCGUCCAAAAAGUCUAGAUGUGGAUCCACAAGCAUUCAGAAAAAUGAAAAAUUUGAGAUGGCUUUUUGUUCGAGAUGUAAGAUUUUCUAAAAAUCUUAAAUAUCUACCAGAAAACUUGAAGUUGAUUAAAUGGCAUGGAUUUACUAAAAAAUCUUUGCCGUCAUGCUUUAUUACCAAAAAUCUUGUUAGAUUAGAUUUGCAGCAUAGCUUCAUCAGAAAUUUGGGAAAAAGGUUAAAGGAGGGUAAAAUGUUGAAGUUUGUUGAUCUUAGUUACUCUACUUCGUUAGAGACAAUUCCAGACUUAUCCACAGUACCAAACCUUGAAGAAUUGUAUCUGAAAGAAUGCACAAAUUUAAGAAUGAUUCAUAAGUCUGUUGGAUCUCUAAAUGAGCUUGUUAUCUUGGACCUUGAAAAAUGCUCUAACUUUAGAAAGCUUCCGGGCUAUCUUUCACUGAAAUCUCUUAGAUAUUUGAAUCUUUCUCAUUGCAAAAAGCUUCGGGAAAUUCCUGACUUCUCUAUGGCAAUAAACCUUGAAAGUUUGUAUUUCGAAAAAUGCACAAAUUUAAGAGUAAUUCACGAGUCUAUAGGAUCUUUGGAUAGCCUUGUUGCCUUGGACCUUAAACAAUGCACUAAGCUUGAAAAGCUUCCAAAUUGUCUCAAGUUAAAAUCUCUUAAAUAUCUCGAACUCUCGGGCUGUUCUAAGCUUAAAGUGUUUCCAAAAAUUAGUGAAAACAUGAAAUCAUUAGUGUCGUUGUAUUUGGAUUCUACCGGCAUAAAGGAGCUACCUUCAUCAAUUGGAAACCUUAUUGAGCUCAAGGUCUUAAACCUUGACGGUUGCACAAACCUCAUCUCCAUUCCUAGUACAAUUUAUUUGUUACAGGAUCUUCGAGAACUUUAUCUUGGUGGGUGUUCUAGAUUUGAAAUGUUUCCCUAUAAAUGGGAAUUACCCAUCCAUCCAACAUGCUCUUCUUCAAAUUAUGGAAACUUACCCACAAACCGUAUGUUUUCCCAUUUUACUUUGUUGGAUCUUCGAAAUUGCAACAUAUCAAAUGCUGAUUUCUUGGAAAUUUUAUGUGAUGUCACCCCUUUCUUAAAUAGCCUAUUCUUGUCGGAAAACAAAUUCUCUAGCCUGCCCUCAUGUCUCCAUAAGUUCACGUCCUUGUGGAAUCUUCAAUUGAAGAAUUGCAAGUUUCUUCAACAAAUUCCAAACCUUCCUCAGUGUAUACAAACAAUGGAUGCCACUGGUUGUGAAUCGUUGGCUAGAAGUCCGGACAACAUUAUGGAUAUAAUAUCAAGCAAGCAGGAUGAUAUUACACUGGGUGACUUUCCUAGAGAGUUCAUUCUAAUGAACAUUGAAAUUUCAAAAUGGUUCAGACAUCAGACUAUAUCAAACUCAAUAAAGGUUAGCUUUCGACAUGAUUAUAAUAUAGAAAGAACUUUGGCUACCUAUGCUAUGAUUAGAGUGGAUGGAGAUUCAUAUCAAGGAGAAGCCUUAAUUUCAUGUAACAUAUUCAUCGACUACAAACUCCAAAGUUCUUUUAUGAGAAAAUUCUCAUCAUCAACAUCAGAAUAUACGUGGUUAGUAACAACUUCUUCUCCAACAUUUAGUAGCUCCUUAGUGGCGAAUGAUUGGAAUGAUGUUAUAGUAUGGUUUGAAGUUGUGAAAUGUCGUGAGGUUCAUGUAAGUAUAAGAAGCUGUGGUGUCCAUCUCAUUGAGGUCCAUCGGAUAUCCCAAAAUGAUGUUAAGGGGCCAGGGGUAAUGUAUACAGAUUUUGAUGACAUAGAGGAAUUGCCAAGCCGGGAUGUUAUCAAAUCCUUCGCUCAAGAAGUCUCCACCAUAUCAGAUUGCGCUGCAAUGUUGCAUGCACAGAACUUCCCAACUGAAGUUGAUUCCAAAAUACAAGUUACGAACUUUCCCUUACACGUAACAUCUUAUGGCGUUACAAGGAUAGGUGGCAUGGAAGGUAUGGCAGAGACGACACUGGCCAAAUCUAUAUUUGAUAAACUAAUGAACAGAAAGGAUAGGGAUGAUUCCUUUGAGAGAGAGGCUUUAAAUAAUUGUGGUGGGCUUAUUGAAAUGGAUCAACAUGGAUGUCAGGGUGGAAGUAUUGAAGGUGGAUGUAGUAUUACAAGCAUGAGAUUGUCUUCCCAAAAAUAUCUCAAAGUUUUUGAGCGUGAGGUUAAAUUUGAAUAUUUGAACGGUAUGGGUCGUGCAGUGAGAUUUUUGAGUUUUUCCGAAUAUUUACAGAUAGAUAAUUUGUUAAGUUAUGGAGUCUGCUCCCUGUAUUUACCCGCACCGAAACAGUGCUUUACUCCUAGAUGUCUAGCAGCAUUUAGAGGAGAACUAGGUAGCUCUAGGGUAUCCUCUAGCUUGACCUUCCUUCUCUGUUCUUUUUCCUCUGUUUUUCUCUCUGUUUUGUGGGUUUUCGCCAUGGAGAAUGAUACCAUCCGUAAAGCUUGUGCUUCUUCAUGGGAGAAUGGUGGAUGUUUGGAUGAAGAAGCAAAAAGAUCUCCACUUUACAUGGCUACUUUCGGGAAAUAUAAGAUGCGGAGUAACAUGCUUCCAUCGGCUUCGGCUCGAGACUUGAGAUGUUUCGACCUCGAAAGUGAGCAACGUGAUGCAUUGUCUCCUAGAGGAGUUUUGGAAGCCAGUUUACAGAGUUCGGAAUUCGAUCACGAGUCUUCACAUGACAGUUACCCCGAAUCAGAGGUUCAAUGUUCACAAUCACUUUCUCACUGGAAAAAGUUCUUCAAAUCAUGGAAGAAACGCUCGUUUAGACGUCUAGCCUCUUUUCCGCCCCUUGGGGUGCUGAAGAUAUCAAGAAGAGGGAACAGAAGCGAGCAAGAUAACCCGGGGCUAAGCGACUUGUACAAGUUCAAGUCCUCGUUGGGAAACUUCACGUUCUCGGAGCUUCAAACUGCCACUAACAAAUUUAGCCAGGCGAAUUUGAUCGGAAAAGGUGGUUACGCCGAGGUUUACAAGGGUCGUUUACAAAACGGGCAGCUGAUAGCAGUGAAGAAGCUGAAUAGAGGAGCGCCUGAUGAGAGAACUGCUUGUUUCUUAUCCGAGCUUGGUAUCAUAGCUCAUAUCGAUCAUCCGAACACUGCUAAACUGAUCGGUUGUUGCAUCGACCGAGGCAUGCACCUCGUUUUCAAAUUAUCUCCAAAUGGAAGUUUAGGAUCUUUUCUCCAUGGUCCGAACGCGAGCAAACUUGAUUGGCGUAAACGAUACAAGAUUGCUCUUGGUACGGCCGACGGUCUGCUGUAUCUCCAUGAUUAUUGUCAGAGGCGUAUCAUUCAUCGAGAUAUCAAGGCCGAUAACAUUCUACUUACAGAAGAUUUCGAACCUCAGAUUUGUGAUUUCGGCCUUGCAAAAUGGCUACCCAAACAGUGGACUCACUACAGCGUGUCGAAAUUCGAAGGCACAUUUGGAUACUUCGCUCCUGAAUAUUUCAUGCAUGGGAUCGUUGACGAGAAAACUGACGUUUACUCGUUCGGAGUUCUACUUCUAGAGCUCCUAACUGGUCGUCGAGCUUUAGACGAACUGUGUCAAAGCCUCGUCCUUUGGGCAAAGCCUCUCCUAGAUACCAACAAUCCUGAGGAGGUCAUUGAUCCCGCUCUCAUUAAAAGCUACGACCUCGAAGAGGUCGAACGUGUGAUUUUGACUGCGUCUCUAUGCAUUGAGCAGUCUCCUAUUCUCCGACCUCGAAUGAGUCAGGUUGUCAUCCUGCUACGAGGCGACAAAUACGUAGCGGAGUGUGAAAAGAACACGAGGGUGUCGCUGCAACGAACGUACUCGGAAGAGCUGUUGGACGCUCAAGAAUACAACAAGACGAGGUACCUAAGCGAUCUUAAGAAACACAGGCAGCUUGCUUUGGGGUGUUGAAAGUGAAGUUGGGAGUAUUCACCUAAAGAAAGAAGCUGCAAAAGCAAUGUGUUAGUGUUAAGUUAACAGAGUUUAGUUAACAGAGUUACUCUAAUUUAGUGGAUCAAUUGCCAAACAGCACCUUAGGCCUUGUAUUUGUGCUGCUGCUGCACUGUUUCUCAAUACACAUUAACAAACAUUAAGCUGUUUCAAUGAAAGGUGAAGUUUCGACUUUUGUUUA